GGGGGGCAUUUACCAUUUUUGGCUACAAAUUAUAUUUUGGUCAGAUCAAAUUGAGAGUGGUCAGAUCAAAUUGAGAGAAGAAUAAGAAGAAGAAAGAAUCAUGACGACGGGAGAUCUGGUGAAUAUCCAUCCUACAGAGCUUAAGUUCCCUUUUGAGUUGAAGAAGCAAAGCUCGUGCUCGUUGCAAAUUAGCAACAAGACUAGUACUCAAGUUGUCGCAUUUAAGGUUAAGACAACGAAUCCUCGCAAAUACUGUGUCCGACCAAACACCGGUGUUGUCUUGCCCGGUGAUUCCUGCAAUGUUACAGUGACGAUGCAAGCCCAGAAAGAGGCACCUCUCGAUAUGCAAUGCAAAGACAAGUUCCUUGUUCAGUCUGUUAUCGUCUCUGACGCUACUACUUCCAAAGAUGUCCUCGCUGAAAUGUUCAACAAGGAGCCUGGUAGAGUGAUUGAGGAUUUCAAAUUGAGGGUUGUUUACAUCCCUGCUAAUCCCCCUUCACCUGUCCCUGAAGGCUCUGAAGAAGGCAACUCUCCAAGGACCGACUUUCCUGCCUCUCAAUUUGAUGACCACGUGUCCAGAACGCUAGAAGAAACAAAUGAGAAAUCCUCCGAGGCGUGGUCCAUGAUUCACAAAUUGACGGAGGAGAAGGCUUGUGCUGUCCAGCAAAGUCAGAAGCUCCGACAGGAACUGGAGAUGCUGAGGAGAGAAUCAAGCAAUAAGCAGUCUGGUGGUGGUCAUUCCUUGGUGUUGAUGCUGUUGGUUGGUUUGCUAGGCUGUGUGAUUGGAUACAUCUUGAACGUCCGGACAUAAUUAACUGAAAUAGUACCUGUGUAUGUGGGGGUUAGCUUCAUCAUCAUCCUUUUCAUUGUCAUCAUCACCAAAUCUUGCAAAGCUUUUUUUUUACCAGACUUUCUUCUGUUUUUCUUUAAAUGAUGGUAUACUUUUUUUUUUCCUAAGCUUGUAAAAUCAGAGUAGAUGUAGCGUGGUGAUUUUGUGGCACUCAGUUUUGAGUCUCUAGUAGUAAAGCAUGUAGGUGAGUAAGAUCUAUAGAGUCAGUCGUUGGCAAGGAUUGGAAUCAUCAUUGAAAUCAGUUUGAAUAAUAAGAAAAACAAAAAAUGUGUGAUAUCCCA